AUGCCGCACGGCACGGUGUCGGCGUGGGGCAGGGCAGGGCACGGCAGGGCAGGGCAGGGCGCACCGCCCGCUCCCAGCUGCGCGGUCCCGGCUGGAGGAAGGUGCCGGCCUGUAGGGCACGCACGUGGUUCGUGCAUCACCGCCCACAAAGCGACGCGCUUCCUCCGCUCCCGGGCAACUGGAGCACCCCUCGCCUGCAGUGCAGCCGGCCUUGGGCCGUGGCAAUCGCUGGCACCGGUUCUGCAGCAAUGUGGAACUGAUGAGCUGCCGGCAGUGCUUCCUUGGAACGCAGCCCACAGAGCUCCCACGUGGGGUUGGGAGCGCAUUUCUCACUGGGGGUCUGAAUGCUCCCUACAAAGGAAAGGUUACCGUCCUGUCUCCAUGUGGUCCUUUUUUAACAGCGUGUUCCCAGACGGGCAGAUGACGAGCAGGGAGAAACUCAAUGACAUCCUGAGCUGCUGCUGUGAGUGGGUUCUGUGGGAACCCGCACUGUGUGCCCAGCAGGGCUGGGGUCCGAGGAGCGUUGGUUAUACAGAGGUUGAGUUAAAAGGACAGGAGUCGGUAACUAACAGUGGAGUGCUUGAUGUUACGGCUGUGAUUUAAAGCACACCCGCCCAGUUCUGCUUCCUUGAUGUCACCAGGCAGGAUCUGAGCGCUGGGGAGCGGCGCUGCUGACGUCCUUCCAGCUGCUAAAUAUAAUGCAUGGGAACAAAGGCAGACACGCUGAGAAUUGCUUGGGAUCGUUUUCUCCUGGAAUCAGCAGCAACGGAGCGUCACAGUGAACGUGCAGAAAGCUGUGCUGUUUGUUUGCACUGCGGCUUUUAAACCUUCGGGGCCUCGUGGUUCAGAGCUGCUAUUCCGUUCCGUUGUUCAGCCUUCCCAGCCAGCACUUUCUCCCCUUGCUCUGCAGCCUGCGAGGAGUGCUGUGGGUUCAGUUUUCCCACUGAAGGACACUGCAUUAAAACCAAAGACCCAUUCAAGCAGUGUCAGCACACAGGUGUGCUUAGCAGGAUGGAUGUUCAGUAACCUCCAUGGAUGCUCCAUGGCAGCCUGCUUCUCCCCCUCACCACUAUGCAGGCUGAGCUGAACACCAACCUUACGUGGCACACUCAGAGCCAUACUGAUGUGUUACACAGGUACUGAGAAGAGGCUGCUAACAACUUCAAAACAAGUUUAUUUCUUAAAUCCGUGUUGUACAAUUUAAAGCCAAAAAAAAAAAAAAAAGUCACACAAAACACAAAUAAAAAACGUUGACAAAGUAUCAGGCGUUACCUUAUAAA